AUGAUUAUAAAUUUUGAUGAACCCGAUGUUAUUCCUCCGUAUAAUCGGGAUGGUGGCAAUAACAAUCACAACCCAAACAACCCCAACAACAACAACCCCAAUAACGAUAUGGCAAACUUUGAAGAUAUACUCCUCAUCUCUUUUAUCACAAUGACAUCUAUCGUUGGACUAUUUGUCAUUUCAGGCAUAAUAUUUCUCAUCAUACGAAGGUCAAAUCAAAUCUCAGAAGAUGACUUGGAGAGAGAAGAAGAAAAUCAAGCAUACCUUGAGCUUAAUAGCGAUGAGCAAGAACUCUAUUUCCAAUCCAAAGAGUACUUACACAACAACCCAUACUUUGUUGGAGAACUCACUCUUAGCCAAAACCUCUCCAUCCAAGAAAAGGGUGUUAGCGCAUAUGAGUUUGUUAAGGAUUCGAUGUUGACCAAUAAUGAUCUCUUGGUAGUCAACAAGACGGAGCUCAAUUUCUUUAAGAAUUUUGAGUGCUCGGCACAAACGAAUUUGCCCAUGCCUACUAAAAAUGAAGUUUACUAUUUUGAGUGUAAACUAUAUUCGCUACCAAGCCCAGAGGAGACUAUCAUUUCAAUGGGGUUGAGCACAAAGCCAUACCCCUGGUUUCGUUUGCCUGGUCGCCACCCACACUCUGUAGUAUACGACUCCAAUGGCUUUAGAAGACAUAACCAACCAUUCAACUUCCUUGAUAUGGAGCCGCCAUUUCCUCAACUAGCAAAAGGCGAUGUUGUUGGUGUUGGGUACAGGACACGCACUGGAACAGUGUUUUUCACUCGUAAUGGCAAGAAAAUCAGUGAACUGAAACUCGGUGGCCAUGUUAAAAAUUUUAAACCAGCAAACCAAGGACAACUUUUCCCUAUUGUUGGUGCAAAUAAUAUAUGUUCUGUGCAUGUGAAUUUGGGACAGCGAGGGUUUGUAUUUAUCGAAGGUAAUGUGAAGAAUUGGGGAUAUGCUCCUAUAGAGGGCACGGGACCAGCACCACCAGCAUAUAACAAAUUCAACUCGGACAUAUUAUUAGAGAGGUCAGAAAUUCUUGAUGAUACCGAUGAUAAUGGAGGUGGAGGCGGUGCAGCAGGAUUUAAUGCUGCUGAUGAUAACGGAUUAAUUGAUAGGGAGCACGACUUUCCACCUGAUUUUUGGUCUACAGUAAAGCAAGAAGGUUCCGGUUUAGAAGAUGAAGAUGAUGUUGAAGGACGCAGGCGAAGGAAGGAGGCAGGAGAAAAUGUAUUGAAUCAUGACAAAUUUAGUUAUAAUGCGUACUCGGAAGUUGGUUCAGCAGAUGAACGAAUCACUUUAGAUAGUCUUGUACCUCCACACAAGCCACCAUCUUAUCAUGAUGAUGAAGAAGGAGAAGGAGGAGGAAGAAGAGAAGGAGAGGUAGAAGAAGUAGAGGGUGGAGUAGAGGUGCGUGAAGAGGAUGGAGUACAAAAUAUACCGAGAGAGGGACCAUCGUCUGCGUUGGUUGCUAGUCUUGAACACACACAAAGUGAACAGAAUGAGGAGGAAGAAGAAGCAGCAGCAGCAGCAGCAGCAGCAGCAGCAGCGCUGAGAUCUGUGAAUGAGGGCGAGAGUAACACUGCAUUGGAUACUAUGGCUGGACCAUCUACUUCCACUUUUACACCUACCUCGAAUGAAACCACGGAUAAUAAGAAGAAUAAAUCUCGAAUGGUUCAUCAUGAUGGUAUUGAUGGUGUACAAGUAGAACAGCAAGAGGAAGAGGAUGUGGAUAAUAAUUGGGAAAUUUAUUGA